AGUGCAGCGCUUCGCCAGUGGUGCACAGUUCCUUAAUGACGUGGUGCUACCGUAACGGGCUCCGACCUCAUCCAAGACCAAGACGAAUGAAAGCAGCUGUUCCAUAUGCCUACACUAACACAAGGCCCGUCAGCAGAGGAUUGCAGCCACGGCAGCAGUUGCUUUCAGACAGCCUCACGACGCUCGCGGCCCCAAGCAUCCGCAGGACCAUCCGCGGCAAGCAACUCUCAGCUUCACCCAAUAUCCCGACGCCAGCAACCGGCGACGAACCAGCGGAAGCGACGGGGGCCGCCCGACGAUGACAGUGCCGAGGAACGCACCGGCUACAGUGUGACGGCGGCACCGGAACCGGACGACGAUGCCGACGUGGCACCGAUCGCCGUCCCCGCCAGUGACCCGAACAGUGCAGAGUUAAGUGUUGUGGACGGUAAAACGCGCCGCUACAGUCGGAUCAGCAUGAUCAUUAUUUAUGGGCGCGAAGCGCUCUGCAUUCUCGCCCUACUGCUCACCACGUACGCCACGAUUCAGAACACGCCGCCGAAGGUGGCCAAAGCUCCAGCACCGGUGCCAUUCUUUUCGCGCGGUUCACUUGUAUCAGACUUCCCUUCCGGUGCCCUCGGUACGGCACAAGCGCGAGUGGCCGUCACGGAGCUAUCGUUCGUCUUCUACUACGCUCCGUGGUGCGCCGAGAGUCAGUAUGCGCGCCAAGCGUACGAAGCCGUCGCCCAGCUCUACCACCGGGAGGCUCACUUUGUGGCGAUCAACUGUUGGCAGCCAGGCGGCGAGUGUCGGCAGCGGUACACGAAGGUGCUCUCGUGGCCGGUGCUGAUGGCGUACCAACCGAACGGGUUUGUGAUCCAAUACCACCAAGCGUGGACGGCCGGUGCCCUUUCGCGGUUCGUCCAAUCGUUGGUGGCACCCCUGCAGCGGUUCGUUAAUCCUGCCGACCUGAUGGAUCGAAUGACCGGCAAGGAUGCUGUGAUCGUCGCAUUCCUUGAGGUGAGCAACGACAGCAAACUUUACCACCAGUACUAUCAGGCGGCCGUCAAGUGGCUCGAGAAGGAUCCGUUCCAGGAGGUUUCAUUCGGGGUCGUGACGGGCGAGUCCUGCAAGCUGUUUGGCGUCGAAACGCAACCUUCCAUUCGGCUGUACUUGUGGAAUGAAACAAUCGAGUACGUCGGUAAGGAAUCGUGGACACCGAGGGAGCUGAACGGUUGGCUCGUUAAACAUCUGCAGGUCGUCUCGAUGUGGAUCGCACCGCCCGGGACGAAAUCCAGCACGAUCGCACCGUACUUCCGGCAGGGUCCGGUUCUGUUUCUCUUCAAUCCGCGGCCACUGUAUGCCGAGGGAGACAGUUCCGAUGCGUACAUGAUGCUCCGGCAGCUCAGUAUGCACUAUUACAACUGUGCCGGUGAUACAUGGGUCCAGGAAAUGGCCCGUGAAUACAUCGCCGAACAGCGUCUGGUCGCCCUCGAGCGGUACACUCACCGAAAGGUCCAAUGUGGAUCCAUUCUGGGGCGACACCCGUCGCAGGAUGACGACGAAGGAAGAGGGGCCGAUGGUCGCCGUCGACGCCGUGGCGGGAUCGAUCGAUCCACCGUGUCCGUUUCGUUUGUGAAUGUGCUCAAUUCGUCAAAGUUUGCCGAUGGAAGAAAGCUUGCGGGCCACUCCGGAGGAUCGGAACCCGAUUCCGCGUACUGUGACAUAGCCCCGGCACUGGCCGGAAGGUGCCAACCGACGGAAAGCUGCGGAGCCCGUUUCGGUCCCGAAAGGAAACCAUCCCUGCGGUGGAGCGGUACAGGGCAGCAGCAGCAGGAAGAAGAAGAUGGGUGUCCGGCAAGGGCACGCCCUACACCGGAGGCUUCCGAGGUGGUCACUUCAAGUGCAAUCGACUCGACGCACGACUAUCGGGGUCCGAAAUUGCUCACCAAACAGUACCUCCGCCGGCAGUGUGAGUUGUUUCGGUUGGCGGAGGGAGAUGGAACGCACUUGUUCUACACGGAGCCGGAAGGCGAAUCGGACGCAAUCUACGCUGCGGUCGGUGGAUUGUCGUGCAAGCAUAACAAAACCCUCACCUUCCUCAGUAUGGACAGCUCGCUGUACCAUUCGUUUAGCGAGCGGCUUGGGAUCGACGUGCUGCAGGAACCGAACCGAACCGUGGCCUUCAUCGUCGACGCCGAGAACGAAUCGACGUACGCGCUACGGUCACCCAUUAACCUGCGGACGUUGGCACGUUUCGUGCACGAUUACUACAACCGCAGCUUGGAACGCUUUCAACGAUCGUCCAACAACCGCUACGAGCACACGCAUCACUUCGACGCGAAUGAGUCCCGGAGGCACCAGGAGCAAUUGCUUGCGGAACUCAACCGUACCCGGGAACGGGAAGCGAGCGAAAGAAGACAGAAACAGGCCAGCAACGCAGAGGCUCAAACUAAUGGCUCGGAACCGUCGAUGGUGGUAAACGAUUCCACGGAGACACCACCGACAGCGGCUCCGGUGGCACCGCGGGAGUAUCACUCGAUACGGGAAAUCUAUUCGACCAACUUUCGGCGCGUCGUGCUCGAGACGAACCGCACGGUGGUGGUAAACUUUUACUCGAUCCAGUGUGCCUUCUGCGGCAUCCUGUCGCACUACUUGCUCACGGUGUCGCGCUUACUGCGUCACCAACCGCACCUCGAGUUCGUGCGCAUUGACGGUGAGCGCAACGAUCUCGACUGGGAGUACACAAUGGAUGUGUUUCCUGCGCUCAUCAUCUUCCCCGGUCCCGGCAGGAAAUCGGAAAGCCGUAUCUUUCCGCAGACCGAACGAAUCAAUGUGCCGAACGUGCUUAGCUUCGUGCUGUCCAAUCUCAGCCCUACCGAGCGUUUGCAUGCCACCUUCCUGCUCUGCAGCACCGCGAAUAAGGCCUCCAGUACCGAUUGCCUCAACAUGUUGCAGCACGAACUGAGUGACGGCAUUCGGGUGGGAUUGCGCGACUGGCGUCGGCAACCGUGCGCCCGGGAGCGAAUCUUACGCCGGCUGCAGCUGUUGAAGCACUCCUACCUGGACACGCUCCGCUGUCUUAGUCAUUCCUGUGAUCUGAACCGGUUGGCGAACAGCAGAAAGCAGAUUCUGCAACUGUGGCCGAUCGUCGCUCCGUCGGAGAGGGUCUGCUAAAGGGUCCUUUCGCGCUGUUUUGCGGUUACGUUAUGUUUGUUGAUUAUUUUAAUGCAAUUCCAAUGAUGAAUCAUUAUAAUUUAAUUCGUUCUCCUGCAAUAUGCUUUAUUAGUUCAGCAGCCGUUCUGACCAUAAUAAUUGUAGCUAGUUAUAUUGUGUUGAGUUUGCUUGCACCAUCGCUGCAUUCGGUGCACGCAUUCUCCUUUUUGUGGCCACUGAUAAACCAUUUCUAUUGUUAGUGUUCGUUUCCCUCUUUCGUUCGUCUUCCUUCCUCAUCCGUUGCGGAGCGUCAGGAAGUUAUAAAAAGUAAAAGAGUAAUGUUUGCUCAUCUUGAAAAACAGAAAAAAGUUGAUAUUAAAUACCUGGCACGGGUACACCUUACGGAGCCAACUCUGGGCGGCCCUGGAAAGCAACAGUGUCAUGCGGACACUGUCCGUUUCAGGCUGGAAACCUUAUGUUGUACAUAACUUUAGUAAGUGCGCGGUGCCACGCGUGGCACAGGAGAUUGCAAGAGACUCAGAGGCGGAAGCAAAGUAACACAAAUACGAAGCUGCACUCCGAGGCGCGAAAGUUUACGCC